UUACAGCAUUGGUUGUAAGUGUGUUUUGAGCUCCUGAUCUGCUUGAUAUAUGCAACAUUCAGGUGGAGUUGAUUGACUGAAUUGGUCACUGAAGAAGAAAAGCAUUCAAACAAAUGGCGAAUGAGACUAAAGACACGAUUUAUGAUCUGAACACAGUCUUUGUUCUGAAAAGCAUGAAUUUAUCUGGUGAAAUUGCGUACAUAACUGUGAUUAUCGCUCUCCCUGCUUAUAUAUUUGCAGUGGUGAGUAAUUUACUGAUAAUCGUCACGGUGAUAUUUAACCGGGCGAUGCAUGAGCCCAUGUAUAUACUGCUGUGUAAUCUCUCUCUGAAUGAUAUAUUCGGGAUCAGCGCCAUGGUCCCAAGGUCUAUUUUUAAUAUUAUGUUUGAGUAUGGCCUUGUCACAUUCCCAGAAUGCAUCCUUCAGGCCUGGUUCCUCCACCUGUAUGGUGGCACCACGCUGCUCAUCCUUUCUGUCAUGGCUUUUGAUCGAUAUAUCGCCAUUUGUCAUCCGUUAAGAUAUCAUGCAAUCAUGUCCAAGACUUUUUUAUUAGGUCUUAUAGCUUUUUCUUGGCUCACCACCUGUUUCCUGUGUUUUAUCCUGUUUUGCCUGACUUUACGGCAUCCGUUCUGCAGAAAAGACCUGCCCAGCUAUUACUGCGACAACGUGAGCAUAUUAAGAGUGACCUGCGCCACCGACAUCACGGUGAACAACGUCUACGGCCUGUUUAUAACCGGGUUCUUCCACGGUGUCGGUCUGUUCUCUGUCAUCUUUUCCUACACCUGCAUCAUAAUAACCUGCUGUAAAACCAAAGACUCCGAAUCCAAAUCCAAAGCCUGGCACACCUGCGGCACUCACCUGGCCGUGUUUUUAAUCUACGAGAUUUCCAGCUCUGCUGUCGUUCUACUGCACAGAUUUCCCAACACCCCCCCUACAGUCCAGAGGAUCAUGGGAUUGGUGUACGUGAUCGUGCCCAACUGUUUAAACCCCGUCAUCUACGGACUCAAAACCAAAGACGUCAAAUCGAAGAUGAAAUUCUUAAAAAAUAGAAUUUUUGGCAUGAAUAAACUAAAACCAGCCAAAAGUGAACAAGUGAAGGCCAUAACUACUAUGUGAUUCAUAGAAAUCUAAAAAAAAAAAAACAUGCCGUCUUAAAAUUAAGAUGUUUACAUUGUUUUUUGUGCUUUUAAUCUUAAUACUAAAAUUAAGGUGCUUAGAUUGUUUUUUUGUGCUUUUAAUUUUAAUACUUAAUACUUAAUACUAGCUUUUGUGCUUUAAUUAUUAUAUGCAUAUUUCAAAUGUAUUCAUAGAUUUCCUAAAAUAAAGGUGCUUACAUUGUUUUUUGAGCUUUUAAGCUUUUAGCAUGUGUAUAAUAUUCUAACUUCUUCUGCUGUUUUGAUUCAUAUAUUUCCUAAAAUACUAAAAUAAAGGUGCUUACAUUGUUUUUUUUAGCUUUAAGCAUAUGUAUAUUUGCUUUUUCUGAUUUAUAGAUUUCCAAGUUAACUGCAUCUUUCAAUUAGUUAUCUAAAACUAUUAAAAACUGAACAUGUAAAGUUAUUUCUUCAGUUUUA